UUCUGUGAUUGUUUGUUUCUGAUCAGCUGUUUACUAUUGUGUUGAUAUGAUAGAGACGUGGUGGUGUUUGUACUGCAUACAUGUUUUGGAUCAAGAAGUGUCUGUGAAAUAUUAUACGUGACAGCAUCUUAUGUGGAAAGCAAGAGCUUCAGUAAAGAAAUGCGUAGACAGCUGUUUGAAUGUAACUAUCUCGUUCACCGACAGUGAAAAUGUUGUGACACGUAAUGAACGCGAACGAACAUUAUCGCGGCAUUUACAUGAAAUACGUUUCGUUUGCGUUCAAUGCAAAGGAUGAUACAGAGAGUUACUGUCGGAAGAGUGCUGUUAUUUGGCGCUUUGCUGAGUUUUGUCAUUUUUGUACUUCUUUUUGAGUCUCAGAUUCUACAAGUAAGAGAGAGUACUAAGGAUUUAGAAUAUCUUGUAGCAAGUCUUCACCAAAGAAAUGCUGAGAAUCAUCGAAUUUUCAACAAUAGACCAGAAGAGUCAAUGUUUACGGACAUGGUCAUUAUUUAUAACCGUGUGCCGAAAACAGCAUCAACCAGUUUUGUUGGCGUAGCAUACGAGCUUUGUAAACAAAAUGGAUUUCAUGUUCUUCAUAUUAACAUUACAGCUAAUAUGCAUGUACUGACGUUGGCAAAUCAGUUGCAGUUUGUACAAAAUAUUUCAUACUGGAAUAGUAUAAAGCCAGCAUUUUAUCAUGGUCACAUGGCCUUUUUAGAUUUUGGAAGGUUUGGAGUUUCACAGCGUCCCCUAUAUAUUAAUCUGAUCCGGAAGCCGCUGGAUAGGCUAGUUUCAUAUUAUUACUUCCUUCGCUAUGGAGAUGAUUUUCGACCACACCUAGUGCGCAGAAAACAUGGUGACAAAAAGACAUUUGAUGAAUGUGUGCAGUUAAACCAGCCGGAUUGUGAUCCCGAUAAUAUGUGGCUCCAGAUUCCAUUCUUCUGUGGGCAUGCAGCACCGUGUUGGAUUCCAGGAAAUGAGUGGGCCCUUGAAGAAGCAAAAAGAAAUCUUAUCAAUCACUAUUUCUUAGUUGGAGUCACUGAAGAACUGGCAGAUUUUGUGAAGAUAUUGGAGGCGGCGCUUCCUAACUUUUUCCGUGGUGCAGCUGCUCAUUUUGAAACCAGUAAGAAAUCCCAUUUAAGAAAAACUGCACAGAAAAUAGAACCGUCUGAAGAAACAGUAUCAAUUAUAAAACAGUCAAAAAUAUGGAAGAUGGAAAAUGAACUUUAUGAGUUUGCUUUGGAGCAGUUCCACUAUGUAAAAAAGAAAAUACUGGCAAUUAAGGAUAGUUCAAACUCUGAGAAAGUGCAGCAGUUUACUUAUGAAAAAAUACGUCCAAAAUGAAGAUUUUUAUUUGUCUUUUAAUUUUGCACCACUUGGAAGGAAUAUUUUUUACAGCAUGUGAUAAGUGAUACCUGCUUCAGAUUGAGAUUACAUUUUAUUUCUUGAGACAAUUGUUUUGGAAGGAGUUAUAAUUGCUUUAUUUAUUGAAGCAAAUAUAGUUGAUAUUUAGUAUUUUCUUCUGGACAACUUGAGAUAUUUUUCAAAAAUUAUUGUAUAUUUUUAUAUGUUUCUUUUGUUAUUAAAUACUCUUUGUUUUGCAUUCCUUAUGCAUGUGAUAUCUACUAGUUCUGGCAUUUUUCUUUGCUUUAUGCUAUUAUGUCACACAUGUUUUCAGAAUAAACUUUGCUGUCAUAUUUUUAAUGUAUGUGAAACAAUUUGUUGCCAUGGAUACUGUUCUGUUAAUCUUGUUAUUCUUGGGUAAUAAAGAUCUUGUUGAUGUACUGUUUUCGUAAUCAGUUAUGAAAACCAGUUCUGAUCUGCAGGGAUAUUCCUUUGAACAGAUCCUGAGUUCCCAUGAAUAUUUCCCAUGAGAUGGCAAGUAUUGAAGGGGAAAAAAUCUCAAAUAUGAGUAUUGUAUUCAUAUUAUUCAAGUAUCCCUGUGAUGAAGAAAUGGCAACAGAGAUGCAUGUGGUGUUGAUACAAAUGUACAGUAACUCCUUGACUGAUUCAAAUUCUUUCAGAACGAGAAGAAGUCAAUGAAGCAACAUCAGCACUGCAAAAAGUUAGCCCUAGCAAUAUAAAGAUAUUUUCAAUAAUGUAUGCAACCUAUGGGGAAAAAGGGGGGGAAUAAUUUAUCGCUAAAAAAAAAAAAAGUUUGACUUUUAUUAAAAACAUAUUUCUUAAAGAGAUACUGAUGUGUAUGUAUGGUAUAGAACUUGAAAAUAUUUACUAUGACAUUUUUGUGAAAAGUCACACUUCCUACAAAUGGGGGACGGGGCACUUUGACUACCUCAAUUAUAAAUUUUUUG